UUCGUAAUUUUACAGCCUUUGGAUUUUGACGUGUAAUCCGUGAGACAACACUGCAACGAAAUUGGUUGUCGUUUGAUAGUGCAUAAAAUAAAGACAAUUGGUAAUGAAACAGUGAUAAAAAUGGCAGAAAGUAAAGGUGCGUUAAUAGCGAAAACAGUGCAAAAACACGCCGGAAGGGCAAAAGAAAAGUUAUUGCAAAACUUGGGCAAAGUAGACAGGACCCUCGAUGACAUAUUCGAAGAACACCUUCAGAAUUUCAAUAGGCAGCACCAGCAGGCAGUUCGGCUUCAAAAGGAAUUCAACAAUUAUAUAAGAUGUAUACGUGCUGUUCAAACUGCGUCCAAAUCCUUAAUGGAGGCAAUCACAGAGGUGUACGAGAGUGGGUGGUCAGGCCACGACCUACUGUACGUCCAGGCCCAGAACAUGGAGAUGCUGUGGCAGGACUUCUCGCACAAGCUUGGAGAUCAAGUGCUGAUACCGCUCAACACGUACUCCAAUCAGUUUCCUGAAGUCAGGAAAAAAAUAGAAAAGCGUGGUCGCAAGUUAGUGGACUAUGACGGACAGAGGCAUAGUUUCCAGAACCUGCAGUCCAACGCUGCAAAGAGAAGAGACGACGUCAAGGUGACGAAGGGUCGUGAGCAGCUGGAAGAGGCGAAGCGAACAUACGAGAUCCUCAACUCGGAGCUCCACGACGAACUGCCAGCGUUGUUCGACUCGCGCGUGUUGUUCUAUGUGAACAAUUUGCAGACAUUGUUCUCGGCGGAACAAUUGUUCCAUUCGGAAAGUUCCAAGGUGUUCUUAGAACUAGAGGCAAUAACGGACAAGCUGGCAACGGACUCCCAACGCGGCUCAUACAAGAAAUCCAACAACGUGAAGUCUGCCACUCUCACUUCCCACAACGGUAACCCUCCUUCACCCACCAACGUGCAAAUGUGUGUAGCGCCUUCCCCCCCCUCGCCCCGGGCGGAUACCCCGUCGACGCCGGAGAAGGAUUCGCCGGAGACGCCCCGCGCCUCACCCGAGACGCCCCGGGAGAAGGAAUCGCCUCGUGGAUCGCCCCUUCUGCCUUCCGCAGUCAACGGACACGGGGAUAACGACACGAAAGACGACAAAAAAGUCGAGGAAUUAUACGACAUUCCAGUCGGUUUACCGGCCACUGAGGCGGUGAAUAAUAACGUGGAAGAGAAGAAGAAAGAAGAGAAAGAAACGGUAGAUGGAAAAGAGACGGUAGACGGGAAAGAGACAGACAAUCGCGUGAAGAGUGACGAUGUGUAUGACAUACCCGUUGGGGCAACGCUAGCGGGUCUGCCGGCAGGCACGUUGUACCGCGUACGCGCGACGUACCGCUACACGCGUGAAGAUAGCGACGAGCUCUCCUUCGAGGUCGGGGAUACCAUUCGCGUCGUGGAGUACGACGAUCCGGAAGAGCAGGAGGAGGGUUGGUUGAUGGGUAUAAAAGAGACGACAAACGAGAAAGGCAUGUUCCCGGCCAACUUCACUCGGCCCAUUUGAGCCAACGGUCGCCUGUCGCCAAUUCUCGCAGAAACCUUUGUCUAUGGAGUAUUUCGUCAAUCUAAAAUUUGCAAAAUUCCCAAAUUAAAUCAUCCUUCCCGUAUGCUUUCGAUUACAGUUCCAAGAAUAUAGUUAAUUAUUUACUAAACUGUUUAUUAUCGAAAUACUUCCCGAGUUGAGUCCCGAUAUCAUUGUCUUCGAGAUGUAGCGAGUAGUCUUUGAGAAUUAUUAGAUUCUAUUUAUCGGUGUUGUAUUACAACGAAUUAUUUAUUAUGAAGUGACGUAUGCAGAGUGUAAUCGAUUUUGUAAACCUUUUACUAACUGGAAUAUAAAAUCAUUUGUUAUUCGUAUUUUUAACCAAAUAUAAUUUUUAACACUUAAAAUUUACAACUUCCGACAUAUCUUUCACUUUUGAUACAUUUGGAUUAAGGAACGGACGACGUCUGAACAAAUUGCUCAGUUGAAAAAGUGACCUUAUUCAUUGAUAAUAUUAUUUAUUAAUUGUAUAAAAUAAUGAUUAAGAAUGUACAUGAAUUAUUUAUUGUUCACUUUCUUCGCUUGAUACUUUUUAAAAAUCACUGCAUUUCACUAAACAAUUGUCUGAACGCAUUUUAUUAUUUAUAAUUCUUCUUAAAGCCCAAAAAUUUGUGUAAACCUUUGUCAGAAUAUAUAAAUUUUGUAGGUAUACAAAAAAUUUGAUAUAUUUUUGAAUACCGUAAACUAUUCUAUAGCUAUAAAUAUAAAAUUUACAGAACAAAAAUUCAAAUAAACUUAAAAAUAAUGUACUUUGAGCGUCUUGACGUUUCAAUUACAAUGUUGCUAUACAAAAAAAUAUUGUCAAAGAAUUGGCACUGCUAACAGAAAUUCCUUUUAAUUAUUUUUAGGUUCACUUGUAUGUUUGUUUAUAGACACAACUUAGAUUUAGAUCUAUGUAUAUAAAAUCAUUUAAAAUACAAUAUAUUGUUGACCCUAUGUUAUUGUUAAUUAUAUUUUUUUAUUAAUUAUUCAAUAAUGUAAACUUGCUUUGUAAGUAGACAUAUUUUAUUUCCUGUUUUUGUUUUAAUCGUGAACUGAUUACUAAUUAUAAACUGGUAUGCUUUAUUUAACAUUGUUUGUGGAUGGGAUGUGUUUUAGGGGUGGUUUUAUUUACUGGCAUUUGUUUACUGGCAAUACCUGUUUCACGCAUCAUCCAUGGUAUAGAUAAAUUUUAACAUAGCAUUUUAUCAUUACCCAUUAAAUUAAUUAUUAUUAGCAUGUCCCUUAUUUUUAACUUUUCUUCAAUAUUCGUGUCAAAAACGGUGCUUUUGAGUAUAGAAAAUAGUAUCGCUCCAAUUUCAAGAUGAAGUUAUAGAAUAAGAUCAUCAGGUUUUAUGAAAUUUCCAAUAAUUUACGUCAGUUCAAGUAAAAAUGUUUUCAAUGCAAAGCAAAUGUGAGGUCAAAGGCCAAGCUUGAUUCGGAUCUGUUUGUUUUAUUUGGAGUUUAACACAAACAAUUAUGAUAAUAUCAGAUUGAGUUCUUGGCUUUUGUCGUCAGCAGUGCCAUGAGAAGGUCCAUAAUAGAUGAUAAUAUGUAAGUUUGUUAGGAUUUGUACAGUUUUUACAACUGCAAAUAAAAUGUUUCUCACA